UGCUACAAGCGUUGACCAGCUAUGCUGUUACCGUUAGGUUACAGAACUUUGCCGUGCGGGGCAAAAUCAGACGGACGGAGGUGUACAGUUCGAUCUUCGAGUUCUUCAGCGGCGCUAGAAAACGAGUUGCGGUCUCGCGCGAAGAUUUGUACUUUUUUUUUGAUCCGGUAGGGUUAUCCGGAAAAUUGUGAUUUGGGUUUUUGUUAGAGUGUAGUUUAUUUUCCUCCCAGGAGGAUUUGAUCGAUAUGAAGAGAUUGUUGGUGUUGAAUCUCUUAUUCCUGGCCACACGAGCGGAGUUGCCGUCAGAGAAUUCCUCCGGCAACUCGAUAACAACUUCGAGCUCCGAAGAACCACCAGAGGGUUAUUACGCUUUUGUGGAGUCACCAAAUGCAGAACCUCCCACUGUGAGGCCUCCACCGUACAAUUUCGCCAGUGUGGAUUGUAGGGAGGACAGUGAUAAGACCCCACACAUGUCACACAACAACCUUUGCGGGGAUCUCAACAAGGGUUUCAUUCCAAGGAAUCCAAUGGGUCAAAAUAUCCUAGGGUCACCAUAUCCAUUUGAACUGAUAAGGAACAUGACCUUGAAGUAUCUGAGCAGAACAUUACCAAUUCUCAAGGCGGAUGAAACCUUGCCAAAAGUAGCCCAACUUCAAGACGACUUCAUUUCACAAAACACAAUCGCAGGCAGCAAUGACCGCACAAAAAGAGAAAUAAAACAAGAAGCCAAAAACGAAACGACAUCUAAAAAGACUGCAGAACAGCCAAGACAAGCCCGGAAGUUCUGCGACCAAGGAGGAGUUUUCUGUAUGCUCUACAAAGCUAUCAAUGGCGAAACCCAACCCACUACAGUCGUACAAACAGUCGGGCAUCUUCCCCUGGAGAGGAGGGAUGAAAACGCAGGUCCCCCACCAAGAUACGAAGGUCCCCCGACUCCUUGCCCAGCUAAAGUGGAGUACGCAACUCCUGUAUUCGCCAAAAAUUAUCAAGGAGUUUGGAGAUAUGUGGUGCAGAUCCCUUAUGAAGGGUAUUUCACACAAACUAUAGAAGUGACGAGAUGUUUGCAGUCUAGAUGCCACUAUUUGGAUGGUGGUUGCUUGUCAUCACCAAGAUGGUCUAGUUUGUUAGUAGCAGAGAUAUUUUAUCCAGACACUGUUCUCAGUAGCAGUGAUACAACAAACCCACAACGAAGUCCUAUAGCAGCUUCACAACCACCAUCUGUGCAAGAUUUCCAGAAUUACCAACAAUAUCUGCACAAAAGAGCAGGCCUACAAGCGGCCCCUGUGGAACACACAACCACAGCAAGGCCGACCCAUUGCGAUGGUGUGGAUGCUCUAGGAUGCUUCCAGGUCAGACUCUAUUACGAUUGGUUCCUCAUUCCUGGAUCUUGCAAAUGCUGGAGACCAGAUUACUUCAACAAAUAUGUCAGAAGAAAAUUGCCUAGUCAAGAUUUGUAGGCUAAAACCAUAUUUCAAGCUUGAAGUAAUGGCACACAAUCGAGUUCUACAUAAAAUACAACCUACGAGACUGUUCAAUUUCAAUGUAUUUAACAAUUAUUUACCGAUUCAACGCAAUAAAUGUACAUAGUAUAUUUUGUUAUGAUUGUGAAGUAAAAUAUUUUGAUAAUGCUCCAAUUGUUAAGAUAUUUCACUUCUGACUUGGGUAGUAAAGGAUAUAUUUAGGACUGUAAGACUAUUCCAUAAAUAAAAUAAUAACAUCGUC